AUGGUGGAGCGCAAUAUCUUUAUGGGGUAUCGUGUGGGUGAGCUUGCACAAGUGUCGGUGUCGCAUCUUCAGUUUGCUGAUGAUACGUUGCUGAUGGGGACUAAGAGUUGGGCGAACGUCCGGGCUCUGCGGGCUGUCCUUGUGUUGUUCGAGUCUUUGUCUGGUUUGCGAGUGAAUUUUCACAAAAGCAUGCUGCUCCCUCAGGAUCAUGUUUCAGAUAGGUGGCAGUGGCGGGCUGACCUGGAUGAUGGUUACACGGUUCGUAGUGCUUAUCACCUUCUGACGACUCAGGAUGCCGUUACUUUGGAUGCUGCGUCAGGUCUUAUAUGGCAUCGUCAGGUUCCUUUGAAGGUUUCCAUUUGUGCCUGGCGACUAUUACGGGACAGGUUACCUACCAAAGCAAACCUGGUUACUCGAGGGAUUUUAUCUACGGAGGCUCACCUUUGUACUUAUGGUUGCGGAGAGGUUGAGUCGGCUCAGCACUUGUUCCUCUCUUGCAGCUUCUUUGGCUCCCUUUGGUCUCUUGUCAGCUCCUGGAUUGGCUCUUCUGUGGUGACUGCUCAGACUCUUUCAGAUCACUUUGUUUAG